CGUCGCCAAUUCUAACACGUUCGUCUCCUGAAGACGCAGUGUGCGUAAUACGCACUAUCUGCUUCGUCCCCGAUGGUAAUAAUAAACACAAAAUCCUCUCAACCUUGAACUUAUUUUCUUUUUCUCCCUCUUUCGUUAAUUGUCCUCUUAUUUUCAUUCUCUCACUAAUACCGACUGUUCGUUUCCAUGCAUCAAAUCCAAAAAUUAGGGCAAAAGUAUCGUAGAAUCGGUUCCAAAAACCCUUUACGAAGAUAUAAUUUCAAGGGGAGAUCAGAGUUUGAUUAGAAAUUGAAGCAUCUAAUCAGCAAAAAAUUCAGUUUUUAGUUUCAAUCGUGGUUCAAGGGUUAAGGUGAAAUUUCACACAUGAAGGAUCCGUCCGAUCGAACGAAGGUGGUGCUUCGGCACUUGCCCCCGGUGCUGUCCCAGUCGGCGCUCAUGGAGCAAAUCGAUGGCAACUUCGCUGGUCGUUACAAGUGGUUUUGUUUCCGUCCCGGGAAGAACAGCCAGAAGAAUCCGAGAUAUUCUCGAGCUUAUAUUGAUUUCAAGCGGCCAGAAGAUGUGGUUGAGUUCGCUGAGUUUUUUGAUGGACACGUGUUUGUUAAUGAGAAGGGUACUCAGUUUAAAACGAUAGUGGAAUAUGCCCCUUCGCAACGUGUUCCAAAGUCUUGGUCUAAAAAAGAUGGUCGUGAAGGAACUAUAUCCAAAGAUCCUGAGUAUCUGGAGUUCCUUGAGCUUAUUUCAAAGCCUGUUGAGAAUCUUCCCAGUGCCGAAAUACAACUGGAAAGAAGAGAAGCAGAACGAGCUGGUGCUGCAAAAGAGUCUCCCAUUGUUACACCUCUGAUGGAUUAUGUUCGUCAGAAAAGAGCUGCUAAGAGUGGAUCUCAGAGGUCAUCAUCUAAUGGAAAGCUUAGCAGAAGAUCAGGAGCCUCACAUGGCAGUUCUAGUUCAUCUUCAACCAAAAGAGGUUCUGAAAAGAGAAAAGUCUCCACUUCAGUGUAUGUUUUAAGGGACAAUGCAAAGAGCAAUAGUGGCAAGGACAAGUCAACUUACAUUUUAGUGCGUAGGCGAGAAGAUCAACAGCUUGUGGAGAAAUCUGCUUCUGCAGCUGCUGCAACUGGAACAGAAGUAUUUGAAGAUGAGAGCGCCCAUGGGAGUGAUGGAGUUACAUCAGGAGUGAAUACUGUUGCUGAUAUUGGGAAGAAAAAGGUACUCCUGAAAGGGAAAGAACGUGAGAUUUCACAGAAUCUGCGGUGUGAGGCUGGUGGGAGGAUGAUCAAAAGCAUACUUUCAAACAAGGAACCACGUCAGAGUCAAUUAUCUGCAACAGGCCACUCUGAUCAGCAAAUCCAGACCUUGAAUGUAGAGAAGGACAAACGGCCACCUCGUCCCAUGAACAUUCGUUCAGUUUUGAAGGACCAUGUUUCUAGUGUUUCACAGAUGCCGUGUGGUUCUGAUUGUGAUACAAAGAAGGCUCUUGAUGAUAAGGUUGUCAGGAAUGAUGUGCAUGGAUUUGGUUCUGCCAGUGAGAAACAAGAAAAACGUACCAGAAAUAAGGAUAGACCUGAUCGUGGUAUUUGGACACCUCUUCGUCGUUCAGAUGGAUCACAUGCAAGUGAUGAGUCCCUAUCAUCACCCUCUUCUCUGCCUACACAGUUACUGUCAGAUUCUUUAGAUGGCAUGAAUAUUACUCAAAAUGUGGGUGUUCAAAAAAUUGGGGAUGAUGUAGAGGACUCCGAUUCUAGUCAUAAAUCAGCAUUUUCUGCUGGGAAACAUCGUAAUCAGGAUGCAUCUAUUCACAGUUCCCGACUAGGGCGUGGUGGUAAUUCAUCUGCCUAUGAUAUUCCAGGAAGUCACGGAGAAGUAAAAGCUGAUGUCACUUUUGCCGGUAAAUCUGAAGUUAAGACCCUUGGAAGUGGACGAAACAAUUUUUCUUCUGUAGAGAAUGGAUCCCACCGGCAUGCUGGUCGCCGUGGACCUGGACAUGGGGGAAAGGAUGUUGAUGGCUCUAUGCAUCUUGCUGAGGCAAAGCCGUCCAAAAGAGGUCUUUCUGGCUAUGGUUCCCAUGAGAAGCAAGUGUGGGUUCAGAAGUCAGGUUCAGGUUCAUAGUUAUUCUUAAAUUGAUUUGGUCAAUGUUGCCACUUGAUUUGGGUGUUGGGAGCUUUGUCUAAUAUCAUUUUGCAGUAAAGUGCUCUUUUACAUUGUUGGAGUACACAUUUGCCGCAAUUUCCAGGCUUCAAGGUCCGGAAUGGUUUGAAUCAAGGGACCAAAGGCAUUCUUCUUAUUACUAGACACAUGUCCAGCGUAAAGGCUGUAAGCAAUCUAUGGUGGGGAAAUCUUUCUUUCUGAAAUGCCCUGGAGGAAGUUCAGUUGAUCUGAUAUGAUGCAGAGACAGUUGUUGGCUGCUUGAUGGAGUGAAGAAGUUCCAAUCUGAAGAUAAGGUCAAGAUCAGGGAACACAUAGUAUUCGUGCUAUUGUUGCAGUUUUAUUGACGUGCGUACCUGGUGGGACUGUUUUAGUAGAGGAUCUAUUAACUUUUCUCAUUGGGCAACGCAAGACAAAAGCCCAGCUUAAUUCAUCUCGCUCAUUGACUCAAAACUCGGAUCAGGAGGCGUUCUUGUUUUAUAGAUGGAUUUGUUCUUUGGUUGAACUGUAAAUAUAACUUCCGAUAGUGAGUGCUACUAGUUUGGCCCACUGUCUAUAGAUAUCUGCCUAAUUGAGAACCCACGAUAUAGGUGAGUUCGUGUUAGUGGUUCACGUAAAUAAGAGCUGUUUCGUACGGGGGUUUGAUAGAAUUUACAGCUUGGGUUGCCUGACUGACAGAAAUUUGUGGACAGAGAGGUGAUGCUGAUAUGAAGCAGAUUGGGUUUUUUUUGUUUGUUCCUGAUGGGGAGCAAAUUGGUGUUGCUUUGUGUGGAUGAAUGGAAAUAUUGGUUGAUGGUUAUGUAAUCUGUUCACAGGUAUUGCUGCUGUAUAUUUUUCUCAGCAGGAUCUGAAAGUGUGUUCUAAAAUUAUC